AUGGGUCUGAGUGCCUACAAUGACAAGAUUAACAUGAAGAAGCAGCUUGAACUGGAAACCAUGAUAGGUUGUGUUGCUGUUCUGAAGUAUUAUGAGUUUGUUGUGGAUAUUCUGAUUGGGUUUGACUGCUGCUGCUGCAGUAGCAAGGACCAAUGUGGAGACAGGAUGGAGACAAUCAAUUGUGAUGGAGUCCAGGACCGGAACCCCUUCACCCCCAUCAAGUUUAUGGGCUGCUUAGUAUUUGCUAGCAUUACUAUUCUGGUUGUAUCAAAUGUUUUGAAAUAUCUAAACUUUGAACAGCCGGACAAUGUAAUAAUGGUUAUGAUGCCCUUCUCCUUAUUAAAUGCUGAAGGAAUGCCAGACUGGUUCACUUUCGGGCAAAAAAAAGUUAUAUCUGGAAGUAUUUUGCUGAUAGUAUGGGCUCUGGCAUCGGCAUUACUAACUUUUGCAUUUUCUAGUAAUCUCAGAGCAAUUCUUUUAUCACCAGUCAUGGAAACCUUUGCUGAUACCUCUGCUCAAAUAGUUGAGAAAAAUUUGGAGGAAGGUAUUCAAGUUGCUCUACAGGAAAAAAAUGUUGUUCUCUUGAGUUCCAACUACCAGGUAAUGUUAGAACAAAUUUGGUUGAGGAUGAACAAGUCUAUACUGUUUCAUUUCAGCAGACAGGAAGAACUAACACCUGCUAAAUACAAAGCAAUGAUAUUGGGAAGAAAUUUCGUUUGGAAUGAGGUCUUUGACCUUCAUGUUUUAAUCUGUUAUCAGGCUGGAUUCACAGUAGCAGAUGAAAGGGCUACAUUGAAAGAUCCUUGGCUUGGUCCUUUUGACCAUGCUAACAAUGUUAGAUACAUCAGGAGAAAAUAUCAAGGCAGGGUUUCUGAUGAGAUGCUGACCAUGUUGAUAGAAAUGAUUCCAGAAGAACACAAUGUGGAAACACUGAACCUUCAGCAUAUGACAAUUCCAUUUAUAAUUUUUGGAGUUGGUCUGACAACUGCUACUUUAGGAACUAAACAUUUUAAUAACCUUAUUUCUGUUAGGUCUGAGAGAACUGUAACACCUCCUGAACCAACAAACCCCGCCGAGAAACCAGGAUGUCUCAAGAAAAUGGGACAACUACGCUACAUCGAUAUCUCUAAUUCGUAG